AUGUGGCGAUCGAUCGAGGGUGACACUGGAACAUCAACGACUUUAUCUUUGGACAAUCGAUUCUAUGAAAGAUAUUCUCUAGUUCCGGUUCGUAGCGGAUUCGCAACUCCUCGAGAUCCACCAGCUUCUGAAAGAGUAUCGAGUUGA